AUGGAAGUUUUUAGUGAAGAAGUGAUGAGUUCUAGUGAGUUGCUUCAAGCUCACUCUCUUUUGUGGAGUAACUCAGUACAUAUUGUUAGGAAUUUGUCAUUGAAGUGCGUCAUUGAACUAGGAAUACCAGAUAUCAUCCAUAAACAUGACCAACCCAUUAGUCUUUCCAAACUCAUCUCUGCACUUCCUAUCCAUCCUUCUAAAGCUCAUUGCAUUUAUCGCAUUAUGCGCAUUCUUGUUCACUCCGGUUUCUUUUCAACCCGGAAACUUAACGGAGAAGAAGAAGAAUCAUACUCUCUCACAAACGUUUCCCGGCUUCUCUUAAGCGACGGGCCAGCUUUCAUCAAAAUGAAAUCAUUUUUUCUUUUUCACCUUCUUCCCGAAGUGGCGGCUCCGUGGCACUCCUUGAGCACUUGGUUACAGCACAGUGAUGGCACAACAUUCGAGCACGGAAAUGGGAAGAACUUUUGGGAUUGUCUCGCUGAUGAGCCAAAACAUAUUCAUCUCUUUAACGAGGCAAUGGCUAAUGACUCCCAGCUAAUUGCCAAGGUCAUUCUAACUGAAUAUAAGAAUGUGUUCGAGGGUUUGGAGACUUUGGUCGAUGUUGGAGGAGGCACUGGAACCAUGGCCAAAGCCAUUGCUAGCACUUUCCCACACAUCAAAUGCACCGUGUUUGACCUCCCGCAUGUCGUCGCUAACUUAGAGGCAACUGACAACUUGAAUUUUAUCGGAGGAAACAUGUUCACUGAUACUAUACCUCCUACGGAUGGAAUUUUGCUCAAGUGGAUACUGCAUGAUUGGAAUGAUGAAGAUAGUGUUAGCAUUCUGAAGAGAUGUAGAGAAGCAAUUUUGAGAAAUGGUAAAGGAGGAAAAGUUAUAGUUAUUGAAAUGGUGAUUGAGAACCAGAAUACGAAUGAAAUAACUGGAAUACAAUUGUCCUAUGACGUGAUGAUGAUGGGCAGCUUCUUCGGCAAAGAGCGUAACUUAGUGGAAUGGGAGAAGCUCUUCUUCGAGGCUGGAUUCAGUCACUAUAAAAUCAAUGCAAAAAUGGGAGCAAGGUCUCUCAUUGAGCUUUACCCUUGA